AAAAGGCGGGGGGAAGAAAAAGAAAAGGAAAGCUGGCGGAGCUGUCGAGUAUAUCACUUCCCUGUGCUGUGCGCAGCGCACGCCUCCUCCUCCCCCCACCCCCUCCCCAAAUCCGUCCCCCACCACCACCCGCAGCGGCGACGAGCCCCCGCGGCAUGGCGGAGGCGGGGGCGUCGGCGCUGAUGGACCUGCCGGAGCCGCUGCUGCUGCACAUCAUGGGAUACCUGGCGGACCCGCGGUCGCGGCACAGCGCAUCGAUGGCGUGCCGGAGGACGCUGGCGGCGGAGCGGGCGACGCGGGCGGCGAUGGCGCUCCGGGGGGACCCGAGGACGCCCGACUUCCUGCUGCUCCCGCCGGCCUUCUGCUUCCCGGCGCUCCGCCGCCUCGACCUCUCGCUCGCCUCGCCCUGGGGCCACCCGCUGCUCUCCUCCGCCUCGCGGGUCGCGGGGGCGCCCGCCUCCGCCUCCUCCAACCACCUCCCGCUCACCCCGGAGGAGGCCGCCGAGCGCAACGCCUUCGUCGCCGCCCGCCUCGCCGCCUACUUCCCCGCCGUCGCCCGCCUCGCCGUCUACUGCCGCGACCCCUCCACGCUCGCCAGCCUCGCCCCCUGCUGGCGCGCCACGCUCCGCGCCGUCCGCCUCGUGCGCUGGCACCAGCGGCCCCUCGACCUCCCCGCCGGCGCGGAUCUCGAGCCGCUGCUCGCCUCCUGCCCCAACCUCGCCGAGCUCGACCUCUCCGACUUCUACUGCUGGACGGAGGACGUGCUGCCGGCCCUCGCCGCGCACCCCGCCGCCGCCGCCAGGCUCACCGACCUCGACCUCGGCCUCGCCGGCGCCUCCAACGGCUUCCACGCCGCCGAGCUCGGGGCCAUCGCCGCCGCCUGCCCCGCCCUGCGGAGGCUCGUCGCGCCCUGCGUCUUCAACCCCCGCUACGUCGACCAUGUCGGCGACGCAGCUCUGCUCGCGCUCGCCUCCAGCUGCCCCCUCCUCACCGUCCUGCGCCUCAGCGAGCCCUUCGAGCCGGCCUCCACCAGCCAGCGGGAGCAGGCGGGCAUCACCGCCAUGGGGCUCGUCGAGUUCUUUGCCGCGCUCCCUGGGCUGGAGGACCUCAUGCUCGACCUCCAGCACAAUGUGCUCGAGGCAGCUCCGGCCAUGGAGCUGCUCGCACGCAGGUGCCCGCGGAUCAAGGUCCUGACAUUGGGGUGCUUUCAGGGGUUGUGCAAGGCCGCCUGGUUGUAUCUCGACGGCGUUGCGGUGUGCGGUGGGCUGGAGUCCCUCUGCAUCAAGAAUUGCGAGGAUCUCACCGACGCCAGCCUUGGGGCGAUCGGGCGUGGGUGUGGGAGGCUUGCCAAGUUUGCCAUCCAAGGAUGCGAUCUUGUCACGGCAGCUGGGAUCAGGACGCUGGCGAAGGCGCUUCGGCCUACAUUGAAGGAGGUUAGCGUGUUGCACUGCCGGUUUCUGCACACUGCAGCCUGCCUUGCUGCUCUGAAUCCGAUACGCGAUCGGAUUGAGAGUCUUGAGAUCAACUGUGACUGGGAGGAGGUUGAACAACCCAGCUCCAGCUGUGUGGCCAAUGGCACAACCGGAUGCGAUCAUGAGGAUGAUGAGCCUGAUGAAAUGGCGUACCAGUCCGCGCCCAAGAAAUGCAGGUUCUCCUACAUGGAAAUGGAUAAUUAUGAAAGCUGGGAAAUGCUCCGCUCACUCUCCCUUUGGUGCCCUGCUGGUCAGUUGCUCUCCCCGCUCAUUUCUGCCGGGCUCGAUAGCUGCCCUGUGCUUGAGAAGAUCUCAAUUAAGGUGGAGGGCGAUCUUCGGACUUGUCCGCGGCCAUUUCACGGGUCAGCUUUUGGCUUGAGCGACCUUGGAGCCUUCCAAGCACUGGCCAAGAUGAAGCUGGACCUCAGCGAGGCGGUGGGUUAUGCACUCACCGCGCCAACGGGGCACAUGGAUCUUUCACAGUGGGAGCGAUUUUAUUUGAGUGGCAUUGAAUCAUUGCUGAGUUUGUAUGAGCUGGACUACUGGCCGCCCCAAGACAAGGAUGUGAAUCACCGGAGCCUGUCGCUGCCAGCGGUCGCACUGUUCCAGCACUCCAUUGGACUCAGGAAGCUCUUCAUCCAUGGCACCACACACGAGCACUUCAUGAGCUUCUUUCAGAAAAUGCCAAACUUGCGGGACGUGCAGCUAAGGGAGGACUAUUAUCCAGCACCGGAGAACGACAUGAUGAUCACAGAGAUGCGGGCUGAAUCUUGUCUCCGGUUCGAGCAGCAGCUGAACAACCGGCAAUUUCGGCAAAUUCCUGAUUAGUGCUGAAUUAGAUGCACCAUUACAGUGAUUCGAGGUUGAAUGCAUCAACACAGACAGCCCUUGCUCUUGUUUAGUCAUCCAGAGUGCUUCUCAAGUACGUGUGGGUUGCUUGUGAUGAUCGGUGUAGUAUCUGGAAUUGCUCAGUCCAUUGAUGAUAAGAGUAGAAGACAUUGCCUGAUCAAGUGACAGUGGAGGCAAGAUGAUUAAGUUAGCCUUUGAGGGAAUUUUGUCAAGGGGAAAUGUUUUUGAUUUAUUUUCAAGCUAAGCUCAGUUGAACUGCGGCAAGAGAAAUUGGCGUUAUUAUUCUGGUAAAUUGUAAUGUUUGAGCUCUGUAAACAUUAGAAAAAAUGGCAGCCACUUGUUUGUCA